CCGGCGCUGAGUCAGUACUCGCCGCGACUACGCGCGCUCAGCGGCCGCCUCAUCCCACACAUGACUCCCUGGCUGUACCCGCUGGCUGCCAUCGCGCACACGGGCAGCACGUACGUCACCGUCACCGUCACCAUCGAGCGCUACGUGGCCGUGUGCCACUCGCUGAAGGCGCGCUACAUCUGCACGUACGGCCGCGCCCGGCUCUACAUGAUCGUCAUCAGUGUAUGCGUCGUGCUCUACAACGUGCCCAAGUUCUUCGAGACGGAAGCACGGCCGAUCCUGGAUCUGAGAGAAAACAUGACGGUGGUCGGGUUUGUCGCGUGUCCCACGGACCUGCGCAGCGAGCUGGUGUACAUCGAGGUGUACAUCAUGUGGAUGUACCUGGUGGUGAUGUACUGCAUUCCUUUCGGCACACUGGUGGUGCUCAACAGCCUUAUUUACAAGAACGUGCGCAUCGCAAAUAAGAUGCGCCAGCUGCUGAGCCGGCGCCAGGAGAAGGAGAUCGGUCUGGCGACCAUGCUGUUCGCCAUCGUGCUCCUCUUCAUAGUCUGCAAUAGCCUCUCUUUCGUCAUCAACAUCAUCGAGCUGCUCAACAAUAGCGGCAUGCAGAUCGUAAACGACGACGGAAUGGAAAGAAUCGCUGACUUCAGCAACCUCCUCAUCAACAUCAACUCCUCUUCCAACUUCAUCAUCUACUGCACCUUUGGCCAGAAAUUCCGCCGCCUCUUCUUGCGGCUCUUCUGCUCGCGCCUGCUGCGGCGGCGCGAUGCCGGCUGGAACGGCGCUCUGCACAACGAGCGUCUCGAGGAGGCGGAGCAGAUCUCCAUGAGCCGCUGGUCGGAGGACGGCCUCAUUCACGGCACAGCCAAGGACACCCUUCACGGCACACCGCUAUGUCCCAACGUCUGA